UGUCAAAAAUUCGCACAAAUCAAAAAUUAAUUUGGCCAACUGAAAUUCUAGUUUUUUGGGAUCAAACCUUGCUUUUUCUAAAAAUUAGAUACCUCGAGAAAUUCCCUUGUCAAUUUCGAUUGCACAGUUUCGAAUACGGUUAUCUUUUUAUGAAAAAAAAAUUGAGCUGCAUUACACCUGUACUUGAUAUAAAUGAGCUCAAAAAAUUGCAUACUGACGAAGAAUGAAUUGCAAGACAUUCUUGCAAUCCUACCAACUAGUAAGAGUGAUAAUAUAUCUCCUGCAUAGUAUCCAACUGCUACUUUGAUUAUUCUGUUGUUAUGGUAAUCACGUAUGUUUACAUUGGAAGGAGCAAGUCUUCUUACAUUUCAACAAUUAAUAAUAAUUCCAAUAUGUCACUUCGUAUUACAGAAGAUUUAGAAGAAAAUGAAACCGAAGCAAAAAAAGGAUUAGAGUUAAGGAUAACGAAAGAAGUUCUACGUAAGCACUGCAUAAAACACGAUCUGUACACAACACCUCAUCUAAACGACGUUCUCUAUUUACAUUUUAAAGGAUAUAAAUACAUAAAGAACUUGGAAGACUACACCGGACUAAAAUGCCUGUGGUUGGAUCACAAUCGAAUCGAAAAAAUUGAGAACCUCGAUUUCUUGAAAGAUUUAAAAUGCUUAUAUCUGCAUUCGAACAAAAUCUCCAAAAUCGAGAACUUAUCCGGCUUGCAGAACUUGGACACGAUUAACCUAUCGAAUAAUUCGAUCGCUAAAUUAGAACACUUGGACUCGUUGCCAAAUUUGUGCUCGCUGUACAUAACGAAUAAUAAAUUACGAAGUGUUGAAGAUAUUACAAUUCUAAAAGAUUGUAAAAAGUUGAGUAUUCUUGAUGCGGCCAAUAAUAAUCUGGAACAUGAGGAUAUUUUGCAAAUUUUUAGAGUAAUGCCAGCUUUGAAAGUGCUGACUCUUAUUGGUAAUCCUGUUGUAUCUACGAAGAAUUAUCGAAAAAAUUACAUCAAAUCUUGUAAAUUAUUGACACAUUUGGAUGAAUGGCCAGUUUUCUCAAACGAACGUAAUAAAGCUGAGCAAGAAGAUGUAAAUUGAGCUUCAAAUACAUAAUUAUUAGGCCUAUAUAAGCGAAAAGUUUACCUAUCUUGGAGUAUUUUGAACCGGUGAUUAUCAAACCUACCAAAUCGAAAUCAAAUUGAGAACACUUGUAGUCCAGUCAUUCUAGGCAUUUUUACUCUAAAAAUCCCAACGAAAAAAAUUUUUAGAGGUAAAAAACUCCUCCCUCAAUGAGUAUCAAAAAGUCCCUGUAAAGACACUCAAAAAAAAGAUUUAAAAUCGCUAAAAAUGACCAAAAAUGAUUCAAUUUUGGUAAAAUUUGAUAAAAAUGUGCGAAAACAAGUUAAAAACGUGUUUAAUAGGUAUGAUGUAAAAUUGUAAAUACGAAAAAAAAACGAUAAAAUUACAAAAACUAGGUACAAUAAAAAUGAAAUAAUCAGUCAAAUUUUCCAAAAACAUUAAAUAAUGUUGAUAAUGAGUUGAAGUGAUUUAAAGACAUUGAAAAAAUUAUAAUAAGAAAUGAAAUUUGGAAGAAAUUUGCCAAAAAUGCAAGAAAAAAAUGUUGAAAACGAGUUGAAAUGUGAAAAAAAUCAUUAAAAUCACUACACACCAUCAAAAAGUAAUGAAACUUCAAGUCGAUUUAACAAAACUGAGUAAGUUGCUUGAAACAUUGUUUAAACUUCAUUUAAACACAUGUAAGUCUUAUAAGCACUAUAAACCACUAAAAAAAUAAUGAAAUUUGCUGAAAAUGGACGAAAAAGUGUUGAAAAACGAGAUAAUGACGUACAAACAGUCUAAAAAGCAUUUAAAAUGCCCCUAAAUCAAAAAUCACCAUAAAAGAAUUACAUUUCAGUAACAUUUUACAAAAAUUGUUAGGGAAAAAAAGUUGAAAAUAUUUUUAAAUGAUGUAAGUAAGUAAAUAGUAAGUGUACAAAUAGAAAUACAAAAUUAAAAAUAAAAUUAUUUUUCAA